GCACAGCCAGCUCCUUCUCCAGGGACCUGCCUGCCAUGAAGAUUCUUUUUCUGUUUCUUGCCAUCCUUCUGGCUAUGGAACCAGUGGUGUCAGGCAGACGUUACCCCCUUCCAUGCAUGGGUAACAAGGGAGUCUGCAGAGCCUCUUGCAAAAAGGAUGAACAGCCCUAUCUCUAUUGCAAAAAUUAUCAACCAUGCUGCCUCCAGCCCUACAUGAGGAUAAGCCUGGUUGGCGGAGAGGAAAAUAGCGACUGGGCCCGAGGGAACCGCUGGCCCUAAACAGCUUGAGUGCUGUUGAUCACCAUCCUCAACCCCUCUGGGAGCUCAGACCUGCUAUCAAUCCCCCUCAUUAAAAUUCAUGCACUUUCCACCCUUGUCUGUCUUUCAUUCACUGGGAAUCAUGGGGAGAGGAGAUUGAGUUUUUCAUGGAGAGAUAGCUGUUCCAUUCUAGAUGUAACUCUGAGAGAGAAGGCUGGAAAAGUGGAGUGACAAUUGCAGUGAGUCUAGACAAGCCAGUGAAGAUGAGGAGAGUAUGGACCUGAGUCCAAUGAGGGGGAGUUGAAGGGUUUGGGCAGGCAUGUGACGUUGUGCCGUGUAGCACUCAGAGGGAGAUCAGAACCAGUGAGUUGGAUGCACCG